GUGCAGAAGGGAAGGAUCUCAGGCGUGGCCGCGGACCAGCCAGAUUCACCGCCGGGGCCGGAGCUGGGGUCCGGGGCAGGCGGAUGCCGGAGAAAACCAGCCGAGCACGCGAGAACGUGGAAGAAGAGUGGCAUAAGAGGAGGGACCACCAUGACACUGCUGGCCGGUGCGAGGCACUUUUCUUCUUCCUCUUUGUGGUGCUCAUUUUUGGGUGCUGGUGCCCCAAAUCCUCUCUGUUUCUGGAUAUCCACGGACAUAUUUUGGAUUGCUCGUCUCGCCAUCCUCGUCCUCUUCCACCAAACCACGAGCGCCAGCGACACCAGGGAGGUGAUCAGGGCCGUGGGCGGCUCUGUGACCUUCCACAGCCACAACCCCGACAGAAACGUGGCCCUCUGGAGUUUUGGGAGUGACCCCAUAGUGACUGUGGUGUUCAAGAACCCUCUUCGACUCAUAUUUUUCGAAGACAAAUUCAAAGCCCGUUUCGCCGUCUGCGAGAACGGCCACGCGCUCAGCAUCCCCCAGCUGAGGAUGGAGGAUGCCGGGACCUACUCUGUAACCAUUGGGGAUAAAAGAUCCACCUUCACCCUGCACGUGUUCAGGGAGAUGGCAGAGCUCACGGUGACCUGCGAGGCCCAGAACUGCUCACACAGGAGCUGCAGCUGCUGCCUGCGCUGCUCCACGCCCGGAGACACCGGCAGUGAGGAAUGCUUCAGGAGCAUCUCCUCCACCUCGGCUCAGCCAGGGGUUGAGAGCCCCAUGCAGCAGGUGAACGAAACAUCCCAGGAUGGGCUGGAGCCGCUGACGUGCACGGCGCGGAACGCCGUCAGCAGCAGGAACGUCACCGUCACCACCCCCAGGGUGCUCCACGAUGCAAACGCCACGGUCCCUCCCAGCACAGAUGCCCACUCCAACAGCUGGAUCUCGAUCCCGUUUGUGACUGUAGUCUUGCUUUUACUCACUUUCCUCUACCGUAAAUUCAGAGGAGUGUCCCAAUGCCAUGAGCAGCCACCAGGAGUGUCCCAAUGCCACCAGGAGUGUCCCAACACCACCAGCAACCUCAUGGCCAGGACCAGCACCAGGAGCAGCCUCCUGGCCAGCACGGGGGGCAGCUCCAAAAUCCUCAGGGCUGGGUUCUCUCAGCCUGGCCUGCGCUGGACUUUGCUUCGCUGCUUUUAG